GAUGGUGGAGCGGUGAGACGCUGUGGACGGCAGCUGAUGGAGCAGAGCUACGGGGAGGUGAACCAGCUCGGCGGGAUGUUCGUUAACGGCCGGCCGCUGCCCAACCCGGUGCGGCUCCGGAUCGUGGAGCUGUCUCAGCUCGGCAUGCGGCCCUGCGACAUCAGCCGCCAGCUGCGCGUCUCCCACGGCUGCGUGUCCAAGAUCCUGGCCCGCUACAACGACACCGGCUCCAUCCUGCCCGGAGCCAUCGGCGGCAGCAAGCCCCGGGUCACCACCCCCGCCGUGGUGAAGAGGAUCCGGGACUACAAGCAAAGCGACCCGGGCAUCUUCGCCUGGGAGAUCCGGGACCGGCUGCUGUCUGACGGGGUGUGUGACAAGUACAACGUGCCGUCUGUGAGCUCCAUCAGCCGGAUACUCAGGAAUAAAAUCGGGACUCUUUCACAGCCGUAUGAGAGCACCAAGCCGGUCCCGACUCAGCUGCAGUACGGACACGUUUACCCGUACUCCUCCUACACCGGGCCCGCAGUGACCCCCACCGGGACCAGGACCGGCAGCGGCCCCGCCGGACACGUCGGCCUGCCACGGAGCUGGCACAACAUCCUGGGCAUCCGAGCCUUCAUGGACCCGACAGCACUGUGUGGGUCUGAUGGACAUGCAGCCAAAAUAGAGGAAUGGACCAGUAUGACCUGUAACACCAGCAGCAGGCCCUUUCCUUCUGGAGUAAAUGGUGUGGAGAAAACCAACAAUGAGCUGGACCUCAAAUACCAACAGCAGUCUUCAUCCAGUCUGCCUGGUUACGUCUCAGCUUGUGCGUAUUCUCCACCAAACCAGUAUAGCAUGUACGGAGGCCCAGCAGCUAACUACAUGAGCACUGGACACCACUGGGCACCCCAGUCCUCCAGUCUCCCUCCCAGUCUGACACCCAGUCUGACCCAGGGUCAGGCUCAUCCCGGCCCUGCAGCACCACUGGAGGCUGCAGAUUUCCACACAUCUCUCAAACUUCCACAAGGAGACGAUGACAGGAAACCUCAGAUUCCUCUGUACAAACAUCACAGAUUGUCUUCAGCCUCGUGACGACUCUGAGCAAACACAAGAGGAUCUGAUGUGAUGCUAAAAGACCUAAAGUCAUGUUUUAUAUCUGAUGAGAGUUAAAGAGACAACAUGACUUAUACUGCUUCAGACUGGAGCUGAAGACCUGAAGGAAAAACUCCACUGUGGCUGUUAAAACUCCUCCAUGAUCACCUCCUCUCUGGACUGUAUUUAGUGAUUUGUUUUAAUCCCCAGGAUCGGCAGCAUACAGACACCCAGGAUUAUAAAUACAUCAUACACCAUUUUUUUCAUUUUAAAGAGAUAGUGCACCCCAAAAUCAAAAAUAUAUAUUUUUGCU